GAGAUAUUAGCAAAGUUAGGCUUGAUUGGACUUCGUUUUGGAAAGGAGAAAAAUAAUAAUAAAAAUUUACCGGCUACUCAGGCUAAAAAUAAUGAUAAAAAAACUGCUGAGAAAAUUUCAAUAAACAAUAAAAAAGAUGGAAUAAUAAGAGAAGAAAGAAAAA